CUUGGAAUCAUUUCACACUGUGAAGAACUCAGUUCAUCCACAGUUUAGUGUUUCCUUUCUCAUCAGAGUAAAAAGCACUGGUUGCUCCAGUCCAUCACUUUUCAGUCAUGGCAUGGCAAAGCUGUCGCUUGCUUUCAAUGGGAUACUAUGAUAAGGAGGAAGAGCCUCGGCUUACAUACAAGGAAACCCCAUUCAGGGUCUUUCGGAGGAAGAGGGGUCGUCGCCGUUCUGGUGCCGGCACGGUCGCUAAAAAAUUAAGCCCAUCUCCCCUUGCUGACGACGUUGACCACCUGCUGCCCCAGGAUGGGGGGGACAAAAACAGUUUCUGGACGAGGUUUAGCCCCAAAACUGUUGCCGGCCUCCUCUUCAUCAUCCUAAUGUGUUUUGGAGGAUGUUCGUACAUAAUGUAUGAUUCAAGCAGGACCGGUGUCAAUCAGAGUUCCGGAUGGCUGGAGAACAUGGGCUGGGCUGGAAAUGAUUUGGGGAAGAUGCAGGCGCAGCUGACAAAGCUGCAGGACGACAUGGCCGGAGUUGAUGUUAAGAUGAUGCAGAUGCAGCUAAAAGAGCUGCAGGAUGAGCUGUUCGGUCUGACGAAAAAGCUUCUUCCUGUGGCAGACACUAUGCCAAAUUUUGCUCUGGAAUCGCAGGGUGCCAACGUCCUUCACCAUCUUACCUCACAAACAUAUUACACCCAGCCACCACUGGUGACAUUUUGGGGAAUACCUUUGUGGUAUCCACCUGCAAACCCUCGGACUGUCAUCCAGGGACACUCCUCACCUCUGACUCCCGGUCACUGCUGGGCCUUUGCAGGAAGACGUGGACAUUUGUUGAUUUCCUUGUCACACCCAGUCACCAUCACCCAUGUGACACUGGGUCACAUUUCAGGCAUGCAGUCCACCGCUGGCUUCGCUUACAGCGCUCCAAGGGAGUUUUCUGUCUAUGGAAUAAAGACAGCAAAUGGUGAAACGACUCGACUGGGAACCUUUGUAUAUGAUCCAAAUGGGGAGUCAUUACAGACCUUCAAGCUCCCUGAUCAUACAAAAGGCGUCUUCAGAUUUGUGAAGUUGCAGAUUGAGAGCAACUGGGGCCAUCCAGAGUACACCUGUGUUUACAACUUCAGGGUCCAUGGGAAAAUGCCACUGAUAUCUGUAACUCCUUAAAGAGUAAAACACAAUAAAAGAGAUUCAAGAAA